AUGUGUUCAGAUGCUCAGAUUCACAUGUUCUCAGAUUCCCAUAAUUCAAAAAUUCAAGAAUCCAAGUAUCCAAGAUUCCCAGGUUCUCGAGUUCUCAGUUUCUCAGGUUCUCAGAUUCUCAUAUUCCCAGAUUCCCAGAUUCCCAGUAUCCAAGGAUUAAGAAUCCAGGAAUCCAACUUCUCAAUUUGUCAGUUUCUCAGCUUCUCAGGUUCUCCGAUCACCAAAUUUCCAAAUUCUCAGACUUCCAAACCCCCAAAUUCUCAGGCUCACAGACCCCCAGAUUCUCAGAUUCCCAGAUUGCUAGAUUCCCAUAAUCCAAGAAUCCAAGUAUCCAAGAUUUACAGGUUCUUGAAUUCGCGGUUUCUCAGUCCCUCAGGUUCUCAGAUUCUCAUAUUUCCAGAUUCCCAGUUUCCAAAAAUCCGAAAAUCCAAAUUCGUCUCAGUUUCCCAAGUUCUCAGAUCCUCAAAUUCACAAAUUCUCAAACUUCCAAACCCUCAGAUUCUCAGACUCACAGACUCCCAGAUUUUCAGAUUCUCAGGUUGUCAGAUUCACAUGUUCUCAGGUCCUCAGGUCCUUAGGUUUUCAGGUUGUCAACUUCUCAGUUUCCCAGAUUUUUACAUUCCCAGAUUACCACCUUGCCAAAUUCUAAGAAUCCAAGAAUCCAAGAUUUCACAUUUCAGAUUUUUAUAUUAUCCGAUUCUCACAUUCGCAGAUUCCCAGAUUUUCAUAUUCAUAUGUUCCCAUAAUCCAAGAAUCCAAGAUUUCCAGGUUCGCGAGUUCUCGGUUUCUCGGUUUCUCAAGUUCCCAUAUUCCCAAAUUCUCAGAUUCCCAGUUUGCAAGGAUCCAAAAAUCCAGGAGUCCAAGAAUCCAAGUGUACAAAUUAUCAGGUUCUCAGACUCACAGAGUCCCAGAUUUUCAGAUUCUCAGAUUCCCAGGUUCCUAAAUUUCAAGAUUCCCAUAAAACCCAAGGAUCCAAGUAUCCGAUUUCCAGGUUCUCAAGUUCUCAGUUUAUCGGUCUCUCAGGUUCUCAAGUUCUCAGGAUCUCAUAUUCCCAAAUUCCCAAAAUCCCAGAUUCGCAGUUUCCAACAGUCCAAGAAUUCAGACUUCAGAUUCUAA